AUGUCUCUGAAGCAGGAAAUCGAAACCUGGGUGUCGGCCCUGACACUCUACGAUAACAAUGAAUUCGACGAGGCUCUCAGUGACUUUGAAAAGAUCGCCGACACGAGCAAAAUCCUCUUCAACAUGGGGGUUAUCCACGCCACCCUGGGCGAGCACGAAAAGGCGGUCGAGUGCUACCAACGAGGCAUUCAGCUCGACCAGUAUCUUGCCGUCGCGUACUUUCAACAGGGCGUCUCUAAUUUCCUCCUUGGCGACUUCGAGGAGGCGCUGGCCAACUUUAACGAUACCCUUUUGUACCUCCGCGGCAACACUAUGAUCGACUAUGCCCAGCUGGGGCUCCUCUUCAAGCUGUACUCGUGCGAAGUGCUCUUUAACCGAGGGCUUUGCUACAUCUACCUGCAGCAGAAGGACGUUGGGAUGCAGGACCUCGCCUAUGCUGUCAAGGAGAAGGUAGUGGAAGACCACAAUGUCAUCGACGAGGCCAUUGGGGAAGAGGCCGAGGGCUACACCGUCUUCUCGAUCCCGGUCGGUGUUGUCUACCGGCCGAACGAGGCCAAGGUACGAAACCUCAAGACAAAGGAUUACCUCGGCAAGGCAAGGCUGGUGGCGGCCUCGGACCGGUCCAAUGCCUUUACCGGCUUUGCCGGCUCCGAGAUCAAGAAUGCUGGCAAGAGCGAGGUCAAAGACGACCGGCCAGCCGACAACAUCUCCUUCGCCGCCACAAACCUUGUCAAGCCCGGGAUUCAGUCUCGGAGACAACAGUCUGAGCCACCAACAAGCCGGAACGUCUUUCCUCCCACGCCGCCUCCUGAAAACGAUCGCCCAAGUCGUGGUGCCUCUGACGGCCGUCCUUGGCCCACGAGGUCCACUUCUAAUACUCCCUCGAGAGGCUAUCCUUCGCGCGGGCCAUCAAGGCAAGUGAUUGAUGAAGAAGAAGAAAUGUAUCCCGACGAGCUGUACGACAUGUACCAGGGCGGAGGAGGCUAUGCGCGCGGAUCAAGAGGAAGCCGGCCUUCGAACCGCUCCAGGCAACCUCGAUACAUCGAUGAGGAUGACGAAGGCUCCGACUAUGAUGAUGGAUCGCUAGAUGGAGCAGAGUUUGAGAUGGUGUCGAAUAAUCGUCGCGGCCCGCCGUCCUACAGGUCUGGCUCACGAUCCGCCUCCCGCGCGCCUUCACGGCGACCAGAUGUUCGAAAGAUCAGGGUCAAAGUGCACGCAGACGACGUGCGCUACAUCAUGGUGGGCGCAGCUAUCGAAUUCCUGGACCUGGCAGACUGCGUCCGUGACAAGUUUGGCCUACGACGCCGGUUCAAGAUGAAGAUCAGGGAUGAGGACGCUCCGGACGACAUGAUCACCUUGGGAGACCAGGAUGAUCUCGACAUGGCCCUCCAAAGCGCCAUUAGUAUGGCGAGGAGGCAGAGACAAGACGUGGCGAAGAUGGAGAUUUGGGUUUUCGAUGCUUAG